AUGAACAUUGACCAUCGCUCCGGUCGGCAGCCGAAAUGGUCUGCUAGCCUUUUGGACUUUGAAGACGUGGGUACAUGUUGCAUAACAUGCUGUCUCCCGUGCAUCACCUUUGGCCGAAUUGCUGAAGUUGUGGAUGAAGGCCAAAGCUCUUGCGUUGCUCAAGGCUUCGUGUAUGGGUGUUUGAUGCUGUUCCAAUGCCAGUGGGUGAUCUCCUGCAUGUAUAGAGAGAAAUUAAGAUCAAAAUUCGGACUACCGGAAGAUCCUUGCUGCGAUUGCUGUGUACAUUUCUGCUGUGAACCAUGUGCUCUUUGUCAAGAGCAUGCAGAGCUCAAACACAGAGGCUUGGACCCCUCCAUAGGUUGGAUUGGCCCACCAAAUGCUCCUCCACCUCUACAGAUGCCUCCAUCCAUGUAUAAAUGA